CGGUGCUGCAGCUUCUCGCUUCGGUCUUUUGUGUACUCCGUCCCGGCUACGAGCUGCUCCGUCGCCCCGGCGGUGGCGGGUGGUGGUGACCUCUAACCACGACCCGCCGCGCGGAGUUCAACAAUGCGCCGUUUUUCUACUUUUAUACCGCUGGGUCUCCCGGUUUCCCAGCCGACGGGUCGGGGCUUUUAGCGCGCGGAGGAGCAUGAACUCCCAGUGUUACACGGUGGCGAUGGACCUCGGUGUUUGUCAGCUGAGGAAUUUCUCCAUAUCGUUCCUGUCCUCUGUUCUCGGAAAGGAUCCGGUGACGGUUGAUAAUAGCUCUUCGGGUGCCAGUGUGGUGGCCAUCGACAACAAGAUCGAACAAGCCAUGGACCUGGUGAAGAGCCACCUGAUGUACGCCGUGCGCGAGGAGGUGGAGGUGCUGAAGGAGCAGAUCAAGGAGCUGAUCGAGCGCAACACUCAGCUGGAGCAGGAGAACAACCUGCUGAAGACGCUGGCCAGCCCCGAGCAGAUGGCUCAGUUCCAGGCCCAGGUCCAGACCGGAGGAUCCCCGACCGGCGCCGCCCAGCCCCCGGUCCCGUCCGGAACCGCUCAGAUCCUCCCCGCCACGCAGAGCUCCGGCGCUUCAGCGUAACGCAGAGAGGGGGACGCCGAACGUCCGCCGAGGAUGAGGGACAGAGGGGACGGAAGACAGAAGAUGAGGAGGAGGAAGGAGUCGUACCACUAAGACUGAUCGUGCAUCGCCCUUUUGUUGCGUCUUUAAUUUAACUGACAAGAGUCCGAGGUGCACCGGUGCGCGGCCCCCGCUACGUCCACAGCGCCUGCUUCAGACAAUCGUCUUUGACAAAACAAAGAAAAAGUAAGGUAUGGACGGGGAAAGUGCGCCAUCGUUUCACCUCCUUCCAUCUCUCCACCAGCACAUCGUCCGUUUUUGUGCAUUUGCACUUAUUAUUUUUUUUUAAUUUAACGUUUUUAAACAACGUGGACGGACUUUUAACAAAAUUAAAAAGGACAAACAUUUCUCUGGAAACGGGACGUGCGCGGCUCUGCGUCUCCGGACUGUUCUCCGACGAAGCAUUCAUGUAGGGAACCAGUGUUUGUUUGUUUUUUUUUUAUUAGGAAAAUGCUUUUAUUUCUAUUAUCGAUGUAUAAAUGUCCACAAAUGUACCGAACGGUGACAUGACUGUCAACUUUGUACAGGUGAAACAAUUCCAGUUCAGCUCUUGCCAAGUGCCUGGUUUCUAACCAUAGAUGCAUAUAUAAAUGUUUUACGUGCCUCUCUGGCGGUGUGGAUAUAUUUAUCUAUGGUUGCACCAGGUUUUCAACAGAACUCAGGUUGGGAACAGGUGAGGAUCUCAGACCUCGACACUAAAAGACGCCGUCCCGCCUGAGAACUCGUCUGCUAUCAAACCGUCUGGACUCUUUGGGAACGUGUGUAGUUUUUUUUUUUUUUUUUACACGUAAAUGA